GGUAAUUGAGAAUGGGUCCUCAACGAUGCUAAGUCUACAAUGGGAAGUGUCACACUUCGCUAUUUCUGCUAUGGGUGCCUUUUCACAUCCGUGACCUGGACACUUCUGCUCUUUGUUUAUUUCAACUUCAGUGAAGAGAACCAAUCCUUCAAGAAUGUGCCCGUCAAGGGGCUGGAACCUCAGAGGCCAUUUCCAAAAAAGUUCUACCCCCGUUUUACGCGGGGGCCUGUUCAUAUACCUGAAUUACAACAGAAAGAGAGUAAGAUAGGAAAUCCUCUUGGAAAUCAUGUCCAGGACCCAGUUAAAGGGGAGGUAGAAUUCUCUCCUGAAAUGGGAAUGAUUUUUAAUGAAGAAGAUCAGGAAGUGAGAGACUUGGGCUAUCAGAAGCAUGCUUUCAAUAUGCUUAUCAGUAAUCGGCUGGGAUACCACAGGGAGGUGCCUGAUACAAGAGAUGCAAAAUGUAGAGAGAAGUCCUACCCUUCUGCUCUGCCGUCUGCCAGUGUUAUAAUCUGUUUCUACAACGAAGCACUUUCUGCCCUGCUUCGCACGGUACAUAGCGUCCUGGAUCGCACUCCUGCACACCUUCUUCAUGAAAUUAUUUUGGUGGAUGAUAACAGUGAAUUAGCUGACUUGAAGAAAGACUUGGGUGAAUAUGUGAAAACUCAGCUUCCAAAAACCACAAAAUUGGUAAGAAAUGAGAAGCGGGAAGGCUUGAUUCGAGGAAGGAUGGUUGGAGCCUCUCAUGCCACAGGGCAGGUGCUGGUGUUCCUGGACAGUCACUGCGAGGUGAAUGAGAUGUGGUUACAACCCCUGCUGACUCCCAUCAGAGAAGAUCGCAGCACUGUGGUGUGCCCUGUGAUUGACAUAAUCAGUGCUGACACGCUUACCUACAGCUCUUCCCCGGUUGUGCGUGGAGGGUUUAACUGGGGCCUGCACUUUAAGUGGGAUCUUGUUCCUUUGUCAGAACUGGAAGGACCCGAGGGAGCCACUGCUCCAAUCAAGUCACCUACUAUGGCUGGUGGCCUGUUUGCCAUGGAUCGUGAGUACUUUAAUGAACUUGGACAGUAUGAUAGUGGCAUGGACAUCUGGGGAGGAGAAAAUCUGGAAAUAUCUUUUCGGAUCUGGAUGUGUGGUGGUAGACUUCUGAUCAUCCCCUGCUCCAGGGUGGGACACAUUUUCCGUAAAAGGCGUCCUUAUGGCUCCCCAGGGGGACAGGACACUAUGGCCCAUAACUCACUGAGGCUGGCACAUGUGUGGAUGGAUGAAUAUAAGGAGCAGUAUUUUGCUUUGAGACCCGAGCUAAGGAUGAGGAACUAUGGAAAUAUUACUGACCGUGUAGAACUGAGAAAAAGAUUGAACUGCAAGCCAUUUAAGUGGUAUUUGGAUAAUAUCUAUCCUGAGAUGCAAAUAUCUGGGGCCAAUGCCAAAGCUCCGCAGCCAGUUUUUAUUAAUCGAGCACAGAAACGACCAAAAAUAAUCAAGCGUGGAAGGUUGUAUCACCUUCAAACCAACAAAUGCCUGGUUGCCCAGGGCCACCCAAGUCAGAAAGGAGGCCUGGUGGUGGUUCGGGAAUGUGACUACAAUGAUCAAAACCAGGUCUGGAUUUACAAUGAAGAUCACGAGCUGAUUUUAAACAAUCUCCUUUGCUUGGAUGUUUCGGAAACUCGCUCAUCCGAUCCACCUCGUCUCAUGAAGUGCCAUGGGUCCGGUGGCUCGCAGCAGUGGACGUUCGGGAAGAACAACCGCCUCUACCAGGUCUCGGUGGGCCCGUGCUUCAUUCGUUUCACUUUUUGCCUUUCUUUGGCUUCCCGCCUCAGCCCUCAGUGCUCCAUCAGUGCGUGGAAGCUGCUGCCGGAGAGGAAAGCUGUUCUCGCUCACGUGGUUUCCCUUCGCCACGCUGGCCAUGUUCGUCCCUGGGACGCGUGCGGCUCGCGCGUCGCCAGCGCCCCGAAAGCCUGGCCCUUCGCUUGGGCAGCAGAAGCGUUUCCAACCACACCAAAGCUGCGGCACCCGGUCACUGACGUUUGGGCAGCGCCAGGCAAAGAACGAUCAUGUUCGAGUAAUGACAGACCCCCGCCUUCCCGCAGCGAGGAGAGGUUCACCCUGCCAGGCUGCGCUUGGUCCCGCCGCGGUCACCCUGCGGGGAGGAGGGUGAGAGCGGUCCCUGCCUGGCGCGGCGGUGGCGGCAGCAGGGAGGAGCCAGGUAAGCAGGGUUUAACUGUAAACCAGGACAACAGGCCGAGGUGGAAGUGCUUCCAGGCCGCCACCCGCAGAAGCCGAACACGCCAGGAGAAGGUGAUCAUUCUCGGCUCGGCCCGCGGCGAGCUCGCGGUCCUGAGGAGGCAGUUCCGGUUUCUUGCUGCUGUUGUGACUGCUCACAGCUGGGAACGACGCUGA